AUGGGAGGCUUAUGGCCUUUCACAGGUCUGUCUCAUUUUGAAACUGAACCACGACAGUUUCAAAAACCCCCACCAUAUAUAUUAUUUGGAAUACCACAAUAUGUAUGUCCAGAAGGUUGGGUCAAACAUAAAGAUAAUUGUAUGUUUUCUUCAACUCAAGCAAAAUCAUGGAGUAAAGCUCGUAAACUUUGUCUUAAAAAUGAACCACAGGGAAAGUUAAUAGAAAUUCACUCAGCUGAAGAAAAUACGGUAUUAACAGAAUUGGUCAAUGGAACUAACUUUGAGUAUUGGAUUGGUCUGAAGGAUCUACACCGGCGUUAUACAAGCAACCGUGCAAUUGUCUGGAACAGUACAAAUUCGGAAAUUCGUUACUUAUAUAACAAUUUUAAAACGAAUACACACCAUGUUCGUGAAGAAAAUUGUGGUUUUUUAGAUGAUCGCGGCUUAUGGUAUUUAACAAAAAGUUGUGACUUAAAAAAACGAUUUUUAUGCCAGAAGAAAACAGAUUGUUUGAAUGGAUAUUAUGGUCAACUAUGUUCCGAAAGAUGUCAUUGUUAUAAAGCCGAUUGUGACAGGAACACAGGAAAGUGUCCAUAUGGAUGUUCUCGUGGUUGGAUGGGUGAAAAUUGCAACGAAAAAAAAGGCGCAGCUGAAAUUGCAGUGUACUGCGUGGAAGAAAAGAACAGUGAUAAACAUGCCUUGGUUAGGGUUGAUUUGAAAGGCGUAAGCUAUGAUGAGAUUUACCUGUUGGACGAAACGGGUGCAAUCGCUUGUAAAAAAUCCCUUUUUAAUCCUGAUACUGAUGGUAUAUAUAACAUUAAUAUCACCAUUUAUUCCAAUGGCACGACCAAUCCCGACUGCUCUCCCAAGCAUACCUCCGAGGAGUUGUUUGAAUGGACAUUAAGAACGGAGGAAUUUUCUGGGUUCUUGAGCGAUUAUGACAGAAAGUUUCAGGUGAAGUGCAACUUUAACCGAGCUGAAAAACUGUUUCGUCAAAAAAAUCAACCUGUAUCAAGGAAAUCAACUAUAAACCUGGUUGAAAAGGAGGUAAAACAAACAACAGAAAAUGUAAAACUCAUCGUUCAAGAUCCUUCAACAAAAGAACCGAUCUCUAGAAUUAAUAUUGGAAGUAAGAUACAGAUAGCAAUGGUGCUCGAUACCCACAAUACUUCAGUUUCUGCUAAAGGUAUAUUUCCAUAUAACUGCUCCUGUUCUACAUCCGAUGGUAAAAUAACGCGAUAUUUGACAGAUUCAACUGGGUGCCCUCUGAAGAACUCGCCAAUUGUUUCUUUAGAAGAACAAGGUUCUCCGGCUCAUCUGAUCUCCAAUGCGUUUGAUGCAUUCACUAUUGAGGGAAGAUCUGAUGUUGUAUUCCAUUGUCAGUUCCGGUUUUGUUUUGAAACGUUUAGUCUAAGUGAAUGUUCCCGUUUUUGUGGUGAAUCAGUUGAACUGGUGUAACAAUAUUGUUGUUCAGAAUAACAUGUUAAGCCUGUACAUCAAACACUGGGAUAUAAUAUAAUUUGUAAAUAAAAUGCUGUCUUAAAUAUAAAAUACUCUCAUCACAAU